UCAUGCCCAAGUGCUUUGCUCAUCCUUACUGCAGACCGAACCGUGUCCAAACAGUACCAGUACCAGCACCAGUAUCCACACACGAUGUAUUCAUAAGCCACCGAGGUCCCGAUACCAGAAGAAACAUUGCUGGUUUACUCCACGACUACCUUCUCAUGCGGGGGCAUAGGCCUUUCCUCGACUACCGAAACUUGAAAGCUGGUGACAAAUUGUCCGAAAAGAUUGAUACCGCCGUUCGAGAUUGUAAAGUCGGUGUCGUAGUGUUCUCCCCAAGAUAUUGUGACUCCUUCUAUUGUCUCCAUGAAUUGGCUCUGCUAAUGGAGUACAAGAAAAGAGUUAUACCCAUAUUUUAUAAUGUCAAACCGUCCCAGCUAAUUCGGGUUGGAGACAUAUCCAAUGGAACUUGUGUUUCAGAUCAGAAAGAGCUCGAGAGAUUCAACGGAGCACUUGAGGAAUCUAAAAAUAUCGUUGGACUUAGCUUUGAUUCAUCAAGAGGAUAUUGGUCAGACUUCCUACAAAGUGCUUCUGAUGCCAUCAUAAAGCAGCUCGGCCAGAGCUCCUGAAAGUGUUUCAAUAAUCUCGUAUGGUACACUACAACAAAAUGGCCCUUUACCAGCUAUCAUAAAAUCGAUACAAAU